UUCCCUUCUCUCUAUAUAUUCAACACAUUGUAACCCUUUCUACGUAUCCCUCAACUUACUAUCAACAAACAUUCAAUGUCUUCUCCACACAUUUCAUUGUCUUCCAUGGCGGCACUAACUCUGCUUCUCCCCUUCCUAUCCCUGUUACUUCCCCCAACUCUUUCCACUACCAGGCACACAGUAUUCCACCAUCCCAACCCCAUCAAAACCGGCCUCCAGGCCACAUUAAAACACGUCGAUUCAGGUGGAAACUUCACACGAUUCGAGCUUCUAGAACGUGCAAUUAAACGUGCAAGAAAGAGGAUUGAAAGGGUCCAUGCAAAGACAUCAAACGUCGACAUUCAGGCCCCCAUUCAUCCCGGCGACGGUGAUUAUCUAAUGGACUUGUCCAUCGGAACCCCACCACUAUCCUAUCCUGCAAUUCUUGAUACCGGUAGCGACCUCACCUGGACUCAAUGCCAGCCCUGCCGGCAGUGUUUCGACCAGCCAACCCCGAUUUUCGACCCCAAGAACUCGUCUACUUUCUUAAAGGUCGACUGCUCUAGUAACCUCUGCACGGAGAGUUCCAUUGCAAUUUGCAAUCAGGGAAAUUGCGAGUAUUUCUACGGGUACGCCGAUGGUUCUUACACCUAUGGUUUCCUGGCCACUGAAACCUUCACCUUCGAAGAUGUUCCGGUUCCAAACAUUGUGUUUGGUUGCGGGUUCGAAAACAGUGGGAAUUUUAACGGGUCGGCAGGGAUCGUCGGCCUGGGGCGUGGAGCAUUGUCGCUUGUUACGCAGCUCCAAGAGCCCAAGUUCUCGUACUGCCUACCGGCAUUAGGCGAUGCCAAUGCAACUGGAAAUCUACUGAUGGGGUCUCAAGCGGGCAGGAGGAGUGGAAAUGUUAAAAUUACCACCCCUUUGAUCCAGAACCCUUUAGUGCCA